GGGAGGGCAGCACGGCAGAGACGGAAGCUCGGUAGUCGUUUUGAUUUAACGGGAUACGGGAUACGUAGCUGUAGAAAAUCCCGUAGAUUUGAAUUUUGGAACUGGAGAACAUUGUAUUGCCCGUUUUUACUGUUUCAAGACUGUUUUAAUGCAAGCCUAAAACCGUCUUUUUUCAACGACGAGUUCCUCUUAAACUGGUUCAGACCUUCCCUUUAAGUCAGCCUGCUCCUCCGCCAUGUAUCCAGUGUCGGCAUAACACAACAGCGGGACCCUCAGCUUCAAACAUCCUCCGUGUCCUUCUCUGUCCGCCGUGUCACCAGCCUGUCUCUCUCCCCUGCCAUGCCCCGGGUCACCUCGCUGCUGCCUGCUCUGCUGUGUGUUCUCCUACCGGGUCUGAGCCGGGGGUACUUCCCCGAGGAGCGCUGGAGCCCCGAGUCUCCGCUCCUCGCUCCCCGGGUCGUCAUCGCGCUUGUCUGCCGCAACUCGGCGCACUCUCUGCCGCUGUUCUUGGGAACCAUCGAGCGCCUCAACUACCCGAAGGACCGCAUUGCGCUUUGGUGAGUGUCAGCGCUCUAAGUCCCCUAAAAUGAUCUCUGCAAGUCAGAGCAAUUGACUUCAUGAAACGAGACGCUUUUAUGCAAAAGUUUUGUACAUUUUCUGGGUAUAUAGCCUAGAUUCUAAAUUAAUGAUGAACAAACUCGCAGUUGCGUUAAGGAAAGUGUCAGUUUAAUAUUACAGGAGCGGAGUCACGUCAAUUACGUGUCGGCAAAUGAUAAAGAAGGAAACUCUGCGUGCGUAUGCGCGUGCGCUUGUGAAUUUUGACCAGGUGGGGCCGCUGUGUUAUUGGCUAUACAAACUGUUAAACGGUGCAAGGGGGCUGCGUUUCUACUAUUAACAGUGCAAAGCGGAGUUGCAAUGAGUGAAAAUUUCGGCGCAGUAAAGGUUUUAACCCGCAGGAUUCAGUGAAGGAGUCGCUCGGUUGUGGUGAAGGGAGGACGGGUUGAGCCAGCAGAGUCAUGCCCGUGAAAAGUUCCAUUCAGUCACAGAUCCUCUCUCAUCGCCCCUCCGUUUCCCCCCCCCCCCUUUUUUUUUACCCCUCCCUCCCAUUGCCCCCUCCCUCUUCCACCUCCACAUCUUCGUCUCUCUAGCUCAUCUGGAAACAAAACCACUAUUGUGUCAUGAAAAUAUUGUUUAAAUGUCCUCAAUCCAGAGAAAUUGAAGCCAAAUUAAGCGUAUCUGUGAGUGUGUGUCAAGUUACACGCCUCUGUCGGGUUUACCUUCCUGUACCACAGGCUGUUACUGUGUCACCCAGCCCCCCAUCCUUCUAGAUAAUUCGUCUCCAGCUCACUUCCUCUUCUCAUUUUGAUCCUGUGCCAGCGAAUGUGUUGUUGAAGAUUAUCUUAAUCUUUUCAUCAGUAUUCACAUCUGACAGGUCAGAUUGAAUUUCUUGGCAACCCCGGGGCCUAAUAUAGGUAAAUAAUAUCCAUGGCCUCAAGCAGAGUUGUGUUUAAUGUCACUGUGUGAGGUAAGAGUGAGAUUAAAGAUUUCAAUCAGUCACUCCUGUGAGUUAAUUCUUUGAUGAAAGAUGGGACUGUUAAUCCUCUGGGGGUGAAUGUUGACUUUAGUAAUUUUUGUGUUAGCUAGAAUGAGACAUUCACUUAUACUUCCUGUCAUAAAACAAAGCAGCAUGUUUGUGAAGCUUUCCUUCUCCUCCAGCCACAUAUCUGCCUGUGUGCCUCAGUCUAACUGUGCCCAUAUGGCAGCCAGAGCUAAUUUUUCUCUGUGGUUGCUUUGAUGUGCGGUGUCAUUCUCCCUUCAGUAAAAGAAAUGGUAUAAGUUUUAAAAUUCAGUGUGAAAGACAUAAACUGAGCCUCCAGUCGGCCACCUGUCGAUACCUGCAGCUCUCCGCCUGACAGGAUAAGAUGGAGUACUUGGCACACAGCAUCAUAAAUGCACAUGCAUGCAGACUGCCUAAUGCUGUGUGUGUGUGUGUGUGUGUGUGUGUGUGUGUGUGUGUGUGUGUGUGUGUGUGUGUGUGUGUUCUGCAGGGACAUGCAGGAGGGAUAUUAACAAUCCAUAAAUCUUUUGUUUUCAUCCCCCUUCCUCUCUCUCAGCCCGCUCUUAUUUUUUUGGCAGUGUUAUUCCUGGCAUGCGAUCAGUCUCAAAUAUUUACUCUCCAUAAACCCUUUUUAAUUCACCACUUCUGGUCAUUCAAACAUUCACAGCAGUCAGGGAGAGAAAGGUAGACAGAGAGAGAGCAGGAGGAGAAACAGAUGAUUGGUGAGUUGGUCUCAUAUAGGUGCUCAGUACAGCACUGUGGUGCUAAAACAUCGCAGACUGAUGUGAAACUAACACCUGCAGCAUGCCGACUGUCACUCACUACAUGAUGGGGCUGAGAGGGACUCCAUUCCUCCUGUAUUUACACAUUCUUUACCUCCCCCCGGCUUUGUCUGUCUCCGGCCUGUACUGACACACACCGAGAUUUGUUAUGAUAACACAGACAGCAGACGAAUGCCGCUCCGCCCCUCCUCAGCCCAUAUUGUCUGUCUUUGUUCUUUUGUGUUCACCCCUGACAUUAGUGAUGUGCAACUCUGAUCGCACGACAAGGCCCAGAACAGGAUGAAUGUCAAAGUGGAGAUAGAUAAUGAAUCAAAGCUCGUCAUAAAAUAUCAUCUAGGAUGCGAUCUUAUUUUCUUUGCUUGUUAAAACCUUUUUCAGAACAAACUGAAAGAACCAAAAACACAGUUGAGAAUAGACAGGCAGCCAUUUACCAGCACAGCCUCACAGUCAGUCUGUCGGGGGAUAGCAUACGGGUUUGAUUUCAGCUUAUUGUGCUGCCCUCAAAUAGCCAGAAAGAGAUCAAUAAAUUGUAUCUUCAAGGCUGUCUUAAUGUCUGAGUGUGGUAGCUGAAACAAAAGUACUCAGUCUGCACGCUUGUUUGUCAUGUUUAGGUUACAGAUAAGUUUGAGUGCUUCUCGGAAAGCAGUGAAUUCUGUGUUAUAACAUUGUGUGUUAUAUAAAGUAAUUGUUUUAAAAUCCAGCUGAAAAACAAAGACCUGUAUCCAUUGUUGGUUCUCUUUCAAUAUUUAGUGAUUUGUUGUUAAGGCUACGUUAGAGACUCCCUCUCUUUUGGGAUCAAUGAAGUUAUUGUAUUGUAUUGUAUUAUAUUGUAUUGUAUUGUAUUUUAUUGUAUUGUAUUGUAUUGUAUUUUAUUGUAUUGUAUUGUAUUGUAUUGUAUUGUAUUGUGUUACAUCAGACGGAAGUGAAAACCUGAAUCUUGCAGAGCUUAUGGCUGCUUCUAUAAACUGUGCUAACCAAAUGUUUCAUUCAAACCCGAUAGCUACUUAAUUUACUGUUAGGUUAAUAUUAAAUUCUAUUCUUAUUUAAGAGAGGCUCUUAUAAUGAAAUUCUGUAACACUGUAAACAACACCAGGUCUCUCCUGUACUAGAGUUGACAUGUUACUCUUAGUUUGACAGUCACUUAAUUUCAGGAUCAGAACUUAGACAAGACAAACAUUUGAUUCAACCAUGAAUAAUAAGUUUAUGCUUUUAGAUUAUAGAUUUUCAGAAAUAUGGUCGCUGCUGUUUUUCUUCUUGGCUUUGUCAGAUAAGUGUGGUAGAGGCAGCUGACAAGUUUUCAGACACUCUUGGUGCUGCUCAGGAUGAUAGCUCUUCUGAUUUAAAAAAAAAAAGUGGUAUCAAAGGAGUGUUGUUUUUCUCUUCUUCACAUCACCCAUGCUUCACUAGCGUUGCAUCUUGCUGUCUCUGCCUGACAAAUCCAAAUACUUCCACUCCGCUGACACGUUUCCAUCUUAUCCUGCAUCCCUAUUAACCACUUAUUGAACCGUCUGUAACUUAAUGCAGUUAAGGCUACUCUACUAAUUGAUUAAAUUAUACAUAUAAAAAGUCAAAAUCCGUUUGCUGUUUUGGCUUCUGAAUUUUAGGUUAUCACCUCUCUAAUUGAAUUUACCAGAAAAUCUCUCAUCCAGAAUUCAUAUCACUGCAUCAGCUUUGCAGUCAAAUACAGAUCAACUAAUUGGAUCCCAGAUUCUGACCUCUAAAUAAGCAGUAAUGGCCGGUCACAGUGCCAAUCUGAUAGUAGGGUUUUUUUCCUUCCCUAAUUUAAAAUCUGCAAACCUCCAUGUAACUGAUACAAAUCUGUAUUUAUACACAGACAUGUCAGCUCACUGCAGUGAAUGAAAUGGACCUGAUCAAGAUUAGAAGACAAUGAGUUUCUGUAAAAACGCAGUUUGACUGACAGAGUGAAGAAGGAAAUUAUCCGGCACAAAAACGGCCGUGGUGCUCACAAGUCAGAAAGAAUCUCAGCGCUAAAGAAAAAGUCAGACUCCACAAAUUUUGUCACUGACAGUGAGCAGAAAACUGUCGUCAUGGAUGAUAACGCCAUCAUUAAAUCACCACAGGCAUUUCAGAGUUACACCUCACAAAUGUGCAGAAACCAGACAACGUGUACGCAAACACACAGACUCUGUUUUGGUUUAGUUACAUCGUCUUUAAGGUAUGUUGUGUCCAGUCAGCAUGUAUACCAGUAUCUGUUCAGCAGAUCUGAUUAAGUCAAAAGAAGAUUUGAUCUAAACUGUCACAUCUGAGCCAAAGUUCCCAUGAAUCACUGUGACAUUCUCUCUUUCUUCUUUUCUGUCUUUCCCUGUCUGCUGUGUAUCACUUCCCACAGGGUGGCGACAGAUCACAACAUCGAUAACACCACAGCCAUCCUGAGGGACUGGUUAAUCAAAGUGCAGAAUGAAUAUCACUAUGUGGAGUGGAGGCCAGAUGAUGAAUCCAGGUAUGUGUGUCUGUGUGUGUGUAUGUGUAUGUGUAUGUGUGUGUGUGUGUGUGCGUGUGUGUGUGUGUUUGAUGUGUAUAUUACUCACCAGGUGUGUCCGUGCUUGUUUUAGUGCCUUUGAAGAUGAGGUGGGACCUAAGCACUGGAAUAAUCUCCGUUAUGAACAUGUAAUGAAGCUCCGUCAGGCAGCACUGGAGACCGCCCGAGAGAUCUGGGCUGACUACCUCCUGGUAUGUUCUCCUCCGUCAAAAAACUAAAUAAGCCUGUUCUUAUUAUGUUCCCACGGUGAUAUCUGUGUCUGUGGGUUAGAUGUGUGAACAGAUAUGUAAGAGUAUAAAGCCAAUUCAUGCUUCUGCCAGACUUUUUCAAUACUCUGAAGUCUUUACCCUUUUUUAUCCGGACACAACAACUUUUACAAUGUUAAAAAUGUGAACAAGAAGCAGAGCCCAUACUCGCUACAGGGGACAAGAAACAAGAAGAUAUAAAACAUGAAAUCAAAGCCAUGUGUUGUAUAAAUGGUUGCAUUAGUAGUUCACAUUAAUCUAUAAUCCAAAUAUCUGUGUAAUAAGAGAAGUAUGUUUGUGCGAUAGAUUAAAAUUAAGAAAUUGAACGCUGCAUAACGAACAAUGCUGGAAUGAGCAAGUUAUGAAGAAAAUUGGAGGCAGUGAAUAACAAUGCGGAGCUGAGGGGGUGGAGGUCAAAUAUCUUUUUGAGAGCCGUGUAACCCAAGACUGCACUACAUGUUUUUCUUUUUAUCAAAAUGUUAAUGAACAGAGAAGAAGAGAAAAUUGUUUCUAUGGUAACUAGCAUUUUAAUACUAACACUAGCUCUUUUCAAAGAAAUGGAGAAAAGUUUCCUCCAAGCAUUUGAGUCUUGGGGAAAAAAAUAGUAGAGCUUGAGUUAGUUUAUUUAUUUUUUUCACUUGUUUUUUCAGAGCUUACAGUGAACAUUGAGUCCAAUUUUCUGACAGCAAGGCAAUGUCUUCACACAAGUAGAAAACAUUAUUUCAUUUCAUUAUGACAGCCAACAGGGGCAAAUGCACUGUAGGUGGUAUUUUUGCAGAGUGAGGUUCUCUGCUCCUAAUAUUACAUCUGGUGAUCAGUUUAGUGGUGUAAUCCAGUUGCACUCUGAAUUCCGGAUUUCGGAGCUCCAAGUCGGAACUUUUAAAUGGAACGACCCCUGAGGUCAGAUUUCCGAUUUAUUUCGCUGUAGAUUGACAUGAUAAUGUUUCUACGGACAAAAAGAAAUGCAGCUGAUUAUGCUGGCAUCAAUAUCAAAGUUGAUAUUUUACUCGAAGACAUCAUGUUAUUGAUACAGUCAUUAUACCUUGUAAGUAGAUUUAUGAUUUCCUGUUUUCUUACUGCUUGGUUAUAAUAAAAGACUCCAAAUCAUUAUGAAUAACAACAUCUUCACAUAUCAAGAUACAAGUAAAGAUACAUACCUGGCCUACAUCCAAUUCAAAUAUAUGUCAAAGGAUAAAACUACUUCCUGUUAUUAAUCAGAUGCUGAAUUCUUUGCAUCAGUGGACUGGUUAUUACCUGUGUCUACCCUCUAUUCAUAAAAUGAAUAGUAAUGUAUUGCUGUGGACUUGAUGACUGGAGACAUAUUAAUGGAGCUUGCAAACAGGAAAAUUUACCAUCAUGUUGUUAUCAUACAAUAUAAUAUAAAGUUACAAGAUUUGCACCUUUGAAGAAUCCGUCUAAAUUUCUCAGGCAGCUUCUGGUGGCAAUCUUGUGGCUCUUAAUAAUAACUCAGUAGGAAUAAAUGUCACCAACCUGAUACAUCAUGGGAUUUAUGUUUGGGCUAAUACUGCUCAGCUGCAGCAUUACAGUAAGUGAAGAUAAAGUGCAAAUCAGGUGCAUUGCUCUCCUGAUUGUUGAAGGAAUGGGUCACACUUGAUCACACUUACACACCAGGGAGUUGGUGUGCAUAAGUGUGCAUAUAGGACAGCCCCUCAGUGUUUUUUUUACUGUUUGUUUGCUUUUUACUUAUCUUUUUUGUUUCAUUUUUGAUCUGGCUUCAGUUUUCUGGAGUAAAUGUCUAUAAAUGCCAUAAGUUCCUUUUGUUAAAUUAAUUUUCAUUUAUUAGAUUUGAAAUCGGAUCAUCAUCAUGGAUCUCAUAAAUCUUUAUGGCUGUUACUGCACAUUUGCACGUGUCAACUAUUGCACAUGGAAAAAAACUUAUUUUGGUUAGCAUUUUUUAGCAUUUUAGUUGGAAUAUUAGACAGACUGAAGUUAAAAGAAAACCAAAAAAAAAAAAAUUUUAGUCAGACUGGCGAUGCACAUUUUUAAUAGUCAACUAUUCAAAAGCUGAAUCCUCGCACUGAAAAUGUUCCUCUCAAAACACGGGAAACAGGUUUUCUUCAAGCAGGGUUUCAGAGCCGCUCUGAAAUGACAGCGUUCAGGGGGGAACUGCUAACAUUCCUCUGUGAUCGACCCAUGUCGCUGUGGUUCAAUCAGUCAUUUAGUGUCAGCGGGUGACAUUUUGUGUGUGCUUGCAUGUUUGUGUCUGAAACUUGUCAAUAUUGUGCCCUUCUCUUUUGUCUGCAGGUGGCUGACUGCGACAACCUGCUUACCAACCAAGAUGUGUUAUGGAAACUGAUGAGAGAGAAUAAGACCAUCAUUGCGCCUAUGCUGGAGUCCAGAGCGGCGUACUCCAACUUCUGGUGCGGUAUGACUUCACAGGUACAGUAAAUGUUUUCUCAUGGUGCUGCUAAACACAUUCUCACCUCUAUAACAUGUCACAUCUCCACCGCCUCUGGAUUGAGUUUCAACAAGGAGCUCACUGAAUGUUUGUCAGAUCAGGUCAGAUUAAAUGUUUAAAAUAAUGAAGGCCAUGUCACACAACAGAAUCCUCCUAAAUCCCUCUGAGUCCCACUUGCAUUCUGCCCCACUGCAGAACACAUGCACGCACGCACGCACGCAUGCACACACACACACACACCAAACUAACAAACUGUAAAAAUGAUUUAUUACCAUGAGCUGCUUUUUUACAGUGUUGCCAUGAAAGCCACAUUUUCUGCUUGUGAAAUCCAGAUAAAGUCUCUUUUAACUCUGUGGGUUCCUGAUAGUGACUUAAAUGUCACUUUUUAUGCUUCUUUGUCGUUUUGAAUUAUGAAGCACAUCUUCUUUCACCUUUAUAAUGCAGGAAUGUCUGCUAGAGGGAAAGGAUACCCUUCUUUUCCUAUUUAUGCAUGCAUGAAAUCAAUGUUGUGCAGUAGGAAAGAGCGAUAAAUUAUUGUUCACGAUAUAUUGCCAGAACAGUCCUCCAUGAUAAAUAUUUGCCAUCUUGUGAUAAAUAUGAUAAAUGCAAGUUGAUGAUAUAAGAGCGAGCGAUGGACUGACAACCAUAGUCCACACAGAGCAGAAUAACAAACAAACCUGUUUGCCUGACAUUGGACAGUGGAUCUGCUGCUGUUCACUCUGUGCAAUAAGAGUUUUCAACAAAUGUUAAAAAUGUUUUCACAUUUGACACUUGUUUGAUGGAUUCGGAUUUUAAUAUUUUUUAUCAGGACUUUUAUCAUUAUCACCAGAAUGGCAAAUCUUAUUGUGAUAAUUUUUUUAGCCCAUAUCGCCCAUCCCGAUUGUGCAGUAUCUCUCUUUUUUUCUUUUUUUUUUAUACCACCUUUGUCACCUCACAGUUUUUUCCGCCUCCUUAUUGUGUAUCUACAGUGAACUUUAGUGAACUCAUGUCAUCAGGUCAAUAUUAGGAAAAGGUCAGUACAGUGAUGAUCAACCAGGAUGGGCUCCAAAUGCAGUUAUAAACAACAUAAAGUUUGUUGUAAACCAGCUCAAGUCAAGCUGUUGCUUCUGCAUGAAUGCAAAUAUCUUUUUAAAAGUAGUGUAUGGUUUGUUAUUGCCACAGUUACCUUGAUUUAGAGCUCUCUUAAUAUUCACCCAAAUCUGAUUAAGCUCUCUUCAUAGCUAAAACCUUUUUCUUUACAUUUGUUGGAAGGGAAUAACUAAUGAGGGUUAACCUGUGAGUUGAAAAUGAAUUGUCCAUUCAGAUAAAAAAGUGAAAAGGUGAUAGAAUAAUUUUCUCAGAACAUUUUAAAUUUCUUUGGCUUUAAAGAUUUUAAGACUGAAGUGUUACCAGAUGUGUAAGAAACCGAUUUACCGCCCAAAUCAAGUCGACAAGAAAAAGACAAAGAAACCACACAAAUACACACGGCUCAGCUCAGCAGAACUGUAUUGAUGCUCUUUGCUCUUUAGUUUAGAGCAAUUUUCUUAUAUACAAAUAUACACUAUAUACAAAAAGGUGAGGGAAUAAGGGAAGGAAAGGUGGGUAGGGGUUGAAGGGGUUAGGGUCAAGGAAGGGGGAGGUUAAGGUGAGGAAGGAAGGAAGUUAGGAAGGAGCGUGUUAGAAGGGGGUUAGGAAAGAAGUGAGAAAGGGGGUUGGGGGGGUUAAGGUAAGAAAGGGGGAUUAGGGAGGUGGUUGUGGGGUUCGUGGACAGCUCCUAUCUCCUUCUCUGUCCUCCUCUUUUCUUCUUCUUCUUCUUCACAUUUUUGCUUUUGUCCUCAUUUUCAAUGAGCUCCUUGUUCUCUUUGAGCUCGGUCUUCACCUGUUCGCUCUCCUCCUCCUUUAUCUUGUCAUCAUUUGACUGUCUUUCAGUGUCAAUUUUCUCCUUCUCAUCAACUGUCUUCUCCCCCUCCUCUUUUUUCUCCUCCUCAUCUGUUUUAUUUAUCUCCUCCUCAUUUAUCUCCUCCUCCUUGACUUGUUGAGUCUUCUCCUGUUCUUUUGGUGCAUCCAGCUCCUUCUGCUGUUGCACUGAGUUGUUGAAGUCUUGUAUCUGGGGAGAGAGCUGCAGAUUGUUGGUCUGGCUGCAAAGACAUUUCUGCAGAUCUUCAAACUUUCUCCUCCAGUACUCCUCGUUUCUCUUCAGCUCCAUGUCUUUCUUGUUGAGCAGGUCCAGGGUGUCGAUGUGAGCUCUGGUUCUCUCCCUUCUUUGUUUUACAACUCUGUGCUGGAGCUCCACCAUAAAGUUGAGUUCUCCCUGGAGCCUGCUCACCUCAGACAUUUUUUGGGCCAGUUGUACUUCAUAGGCCUGGCUGAUGUCCUUGUCCUUUUUGUCAGCUGGUGCUAGGAGGUCCUUCUUCACUUUCAGCUGCUUUUGGAGCUCGGUUAUACUGGCCUCUCUUUAGGCCAGCAGGUCCAGUGUUCUUUCAUGCUCCUUCACUCUGUCCUGCUCAUCUUUACUUGCUCUGAUGAGCAGGUCAUCCUUUUUGUUUAGCUCUUCUUGGAGCUUUAUCAUCUCCUUCUGACUUUCGGCCAGCAGGUCCAUGGUGUUCUUGUGGGCCUUUGCUCUGUCCUGCUCCAUUUCAGCUGCUCUCAAGAGGAGGUCAUCUUUUGCUUCAGUUCUUCCUGAAGCUUGGUUACCUCCCUCUCUCUUAGGGUAAGCAGGUCGAGGGUGUUGGCAUGGAUCUGGUUAAUGUCUUCUUGCCGCUUUGACUCCUCAGCCUGUUUGGUGUCUUGCUGGCUGAUUUUGUCUGUCAGGACCUUGUUCUGCUCCUUCAGAGACUUGAUCUCAUUGAUGGUGGAGAAGAGGGUUUUCCCUUAGACCCUGGAUGAUUUGAGCAUCGGUGAGCUGUAAAUGAGGCUGCUGCAGCUGAACAGCAGGCGCUGCAUUCAUGGUGUCUACAGCUACACCAAAAGCAAUUGGCACAAAAGACUAAGAGUAAAUAAAAUGACAUGAGGUUCAUUAAAAAAAUGACUGACCUUUGUAGACAUGGGUACAUAACUAAUGUAGUUAUUUACAGAGGGUCCAAUGAAAAAGUCUUACCAAGUUUCCUGCAGGAAAUCUUCCAUUCAUAUUGGCAGAGUGAUUACACAAAUGUUAAACUGUAUAGAAGUUUUUAGAGUAAUUAUCUGAUUAUUCAAUAAAGAAACAAUCACAAAAAAAGAGUUAUCUUCUGAUAUUCAAUAAAAAAACUGAUCCCAAAAACAGAGCUGGCUUCUGAUAUUCUUCAGAGAUGAUUGUGAAGCUGAAUUCGUUGUCAAUGUUUUCAAUAAAGUUGAUAAUAUUCAUUCGAGACGCAGAGAUGAUGCUGGUCAGGUCAAGUGUUUGAGGUGAAAUGAUCAUUCUCUACAGGAUCAUGGUCCAAAUUCAGGUCCUGUUCACUAUAAGGUCACUGAUCUAGAAUUUUGGUCACAAUGGAGGAUUCUUAGGCAGUGUUCCACCUGCUUCAUAUUCAAAUAAUGCAGUAUCUCAAUAUCAUUAAAUAUUUUUUUUUCUAUAUUAAAUUCUUUAGUAUGAACAAUCAAUAAUACUAUCAGCAAAGACGUUUACAACAAAUCACAAUAUUAAUGAUACAAAUUCACUCCUGCUAUUGUUGCAGGGUCUCACCAAUCAAAAUGAAGCAUUGAACAGCUGGGUGAUAAGAAGAAUAGAAAGUAAUGCAUGAAUAUACCUGAGUGGCUCUUAUUAUCUCUUUCAGAUUUCUAUCUGUUACUUGGUACCUUAUAGGCACACAGUUUCAAACACAAAAAUGACUCUUGUGUAGAAGCCUGGAAUUCAUACAUAAAAGAAACAAUCAUCUCUACUUUGUAUUCUUAUCCAUAUCCAGCAUGUAUGCAAGAAAGUUGAUAUUAGACUAGGACAAAGAGACUGACUCUGUUCUAUAAAAUAAUGGAUAAAUGUCUGGAUCUGCUCAGUCACAUAGCCUUCAGACACAUUUAUUUGUAAAUAAGUGGAUAAUACUUGUCAUUAGGGCUGGGCGAUAAGGGAAAAAGUUUAUCAUGUAAUAUUUUUUUCAUAUCAGUUGAUAUCGAUACCACAAUAUAAAAAAAAUCACUUGUCAUUCUUAAAUGUUUCUUGUUACUCUAAAAUGAAAUUUAACCUGUACUCAACAUAAGUUGCAGUGCACAUAACUCUACUAUAUGUCUGACAUAAAAAAAAAAAUAAUAAUACCUGCCAGUGUUGUCAACGGUGUCGUCAUCUGUUGAGCCUUCAUCUGCAUUUCUGCCAGGGGUAGCACUCAUUUCCUUUUUUUCAGUGCUGUUGGCUUCACGUGUUAAAGUGCUAUGGUUGCGUGUAGGGCUGCAGCUAUCGAUUAUUUUAGUAAUCGAGUACUCUAUCGAUUAAUCUGUCGAUUAAUCGAGUAAUCGGAUAAGAAAUGUUUUGCUCUCACUGUAAUACUUUGCAUUGAAUCACGUUUGCCUCAUUAAAAACCAUCAGUAACACACAAAACUGAAAUAGGCCAGGUCUUUCAAAUGAAUAUUUUUACUGCAUAAAUCAGGAACCAAAAGUUUUACAUUUUACCAUGUAGUUCACAUGAAACUACUGAAGGCAAGGUCUGCAGAUGGUCUUUUAAUUGCUAUGGUAAUGAUCUUUGCAGUUUUCACUAAACCAGUCACAACUAUUUCCAGGCUUUGGAUCUAAUUUUACUUGUUUAAUUAAUAGGCUGAAAUAAUAUAAUUCUUGGAUACUAACAUAAUUUGACAAGCAAAUGUACAUUUAUUCAAUAUAUAAAAGUGUUACAUUUUUAUUUACAUGUUGUUGUGUGUUGGUCAUUUUGCAGCCCUCUGCUGCUCAUCACACGCCUAGCAGGUGGUGUAUAGCAUUAUCACCAUGGAUACACGGAUGUUUGUGUGAUUUUUUUCAUCCAAUGCCGCCCGGUUUGUGUCGUGUAGAUGUUGAUUAUGAAAACACUUCGCAAUAAUUUGGAAACGUGAAGGGGGAGCUGCUGCUGCCCGGUGUUUACGGUAAAUAGACGCAAACACCGACCAAGUGGACGCUUCGGUCUCCGAAAACGCCGAGACAAAUUUACAAACAGCCACUAUUUCAAACAACUGGGCUCAUAAUCGUGAUGUAAACACUUACUUUCUCGCUAGAAAAAAUAUUAUUAUUGAAUGAAUUUAUAUAAUUUGUCCGGUAUGCAGUCGUUCUAUGUAGCUUGUGGUAGGACUAUUUAAAUUUUCCCGGCGCUGCGUCCGGCCGGCACGAAAUGCAUUCUGGGGUAUUUAGUAUGUAUGUGUGUAAACGCUCGGGCAGCCGCGGCAUACUCAAAUCAUCUUUGAGUAGUCAGUAGGCAGUAGCUACUGCUUGAGUAGGUAAGUAGAUAGCAGGCAGUAUGCCAUUUCGGACACAGCUUCUGUCUGUCCUCGUUUCCCUCCAUGAUUGAACCAAACGCGCGGCAGCGGAAGGAGCGGAAAGAGCACGCUUCUGCGCAACAGAAAUAACCGUCCGUGUCAAACACCGUGCGCUGCACAUGGUUCCGGAUUUAAACGAUUCCUCGAGGCAUAUAAUUUGCCUCGAGGAAUUUUAUUAAUCGAGUUACUCGAGUUACUCGAGUAAUCGUUUCAGCCCUAGUUGCGUGUAGCUGCAGCCUGCUACUGCACAGUUGUUUGCUACUUGGUUCUAAUUCAGCACAUGAUUGGUUCAGAGUGGGGCAACCCUGAGCAACUCCACUUUUCAUUGGCUCUUCGUAUAGUCUACCAAAACAUGUCAGAAAGUUGACUAUCGAAAAGCAUAUUGACCAGGUUUCAUAUCAAUAUCGAGGGAAAUUAAUGUUUGACGUCAUUAUUAUUUUAUUGCCCAGCCCCACUUGUGAUUACAGAUUGAACCUUUACUUAUCUACGAUCAUCUGCAGUUGGUUUCCAAAACAAGCUGCAGGAAUUACUGCCAUUGCUCAUACACCAAAGCUUUCCAUUCACCAAGAGACUUCAGAAAAACUCUCAAGGUGCAGUGUGGAGUAUUCAUCAGUAUUUAUCAAUAACAGACUUUGUAGAAAUGGAUUAUAGUAAUCACGAGUGUGCGCAAAAAUGCUCUCAGCGUCACUGAACUCUCACAAUAGUUCAACUUGUAAAUGCCACUUCUCUGUCACUGUCCUCUUAAAAUCAAGACAGGAUGGGACUUAUGCAGGAGUAAAUACUCACACUCAUUUUUUGAAGCUGAAAUUUUCAGCUCUUGAGCUGCCGCUGAUUUUAUGACACAUUUUCUUGCAAUUGCUCAACAUUUUCUUUGUUAAAUUUCCUUAAAUGAAAGUAAUAAUGGAGUAUGGAGACUGUGACUAAAAACUGCAACUUACUAUAUUAGAUCUCAUUUAUGAAACAUGACCAAAACAAAUCUGUACAUAAACUGAUUGAAAAUAUUUUUUUUUCUCAGCAUUUAUCAAUAUUUUAGCAGCUUUAAACUUUUCUUAGGUACAAACAAAUAUGACUCCUGCUUCUGACAGCUGGUAGCUAUUGUGUCAAUGAAUAGAAUGACAUGAAAAAAAAUCAUACAUUCAGAUAGAUUUAUGGGAACUAACAGGUUUUAGCCUCAGUUUUGGUUGAUUGAAUAGGAAUUGAUUAUUUAAAACAAUGAAAUAUGUGUUUUCUACAUGUUCAUAAAUGAUAUGUGUGUUUUCUAUACAAAAAAUGUAUAUUCCAAAGCAUUACUGGUUGUGUGAAGCAUAAUAUGUAUUCCUGAGAAAGGUUGAGGUUAUAGCGGAUAAUAUUGCUGGUAGACAUCCAGCCUGCUCAGCUCAUAAUGUUGAAUUCGCCCUGCCUUCUCAGACUGUCACUGCUGGCUCCUUCACAUUAAAUCUGUUCUCCUGCUCAUUAGUCUUCCUCCAAAUUAAAAGCUUCCAUUAUAAUUGAUUUUAGCUUCAUAUCUCAUUGGAUGUUAUUUCCUAAAAUCACUACAAAAAGUCCUUAUGCCAAUACACAUUUCACUGAUCAAACUUUCACAUCUGAUCAGCCUUGUGUAAUUUGGUGCCUGUGAUCCAUUUCUGUCUGGAAAGGAUGCCUUUAAGAUCUCACCCUUACUUAUUAUCAAAUUUGAGUCGACAUAUAAAUGUUAUCUGUCCUCCAGCGUAAAUAAGCCAACUCCAGCAAGGAGUCUGCAGCUCUAAUUGCUGCAAACAACAUUCUCUUUUAUGACAGUUAGCAGGCCCAGAGCCACGAGGCUGGUGGCAUUGUUUGUCAAUGUCUUUUCCCAUAAGUCAGUGUUUCUCAGUCACCGAAUGUUUUGUGAAUUUUAAACUCAAAACAACAUUUUGACUGACAAAGAGACUUUGGGUAGCCAAUAUUCUCAAUGAUAUCUCAAUCAAAUAUUUCCAAUUCCACCCUGAAAAGUUUUGUUUAUCCCUAUAACUCACCAUGUGUUGUAUUUUGGUGUUUUUGCUGACUCCACACAGGGUUACUACAAGCGCACACCAGCCUACAUGCCCAUCCGUAAGCAAGAACGACGUGGUUGUUUCGCUGUGCCCAUGGUUCACUCCACCUACCUGGUUGACCUUCAGAAAGAGGCCUCCCGUCAGCUAGCUUUUUAUCCACCCCACCCAGAGUACAGCUGGACCUUGGAUGAUGUCAUCGUCUUUGCAUACUCGGCUCGCAUGGCAGGUGAGGCACAUGCAACAGGGGGAGUCUUCUCCUUAUCUAGUUAUCUGGAGAGACGUCUCUCAAAGUAUGAUGUGUGUGUAUUUAUCAUGUCAUUCCUCUCUCCAUCCUCUCAGAUGUACAGAUGUAUGUGUGCAACAAAGAGAGCUACGGGUACUUUCCUGUUCCUAUGCGUUCCCAUGCUACCCUGCAGGAUGAGGCUGAAAGCUUCUUGCACGCCCAACUUGAGGUCAUGGGUAAGUAAAGAAUUCAAGGAGCACUGGAAGCUGUUCAGAGUUUUCAUACACUUCAUCAGCAGAGGGAAAGGAGUGUGCACAAAAAAAGUGCUUUGUAAAUUAGGGGUGGGAGAAAAAUCGAUACAGCAUAGUAUUGUGAUAUUUUGUCUGGUGAUACACCUUAUCCUCUCAUCUGCCAAGUAUCGAUUUUCAAAUUUAUCGUUGAUAUGAAGUCAAAUCUAUGAUAAUGGAAAAAUAAAAUCAACUGUUUGUCCAGUGAGGUUGGCAGAGGUGACAUCAUAGAGCAGGAGAAAGUUAGUACAACAAAAAUAUAUAUAUUUUUUAUAUAGGCUUGCAAGAUGUGCUACAUGAAAAUAAAUCACAGCGUAAACAAAACAAACAUAAAGGAAAGACAAAUGCUAAAUUAGCUAAACAGUUGAAAAAAAAUUAUAAAUCACAAUAUAUGGUAUUGCAAUAUUCGCUGUAUUGAAAAAUGUUGAAAAUCGCAGUAAUAUCGUAUCGUGGCCAACGUAUUGUGAUAAUGUGCCACUAGUGAUUCCCACCCCUAGUGUAAAUGCAAAGGAAAUACAGUCAAUAUAGUGAUAAUAAAAAAGUGCUGUUAAUUCAGGAGAACUAAGAGAGAUUUUAUGUUAUAAGAAAACUCCUGAAACUGUUUUGUGAAAUAUUCCCUUGCAUAAAUGUAUUUCUUGCUGUGCUGUAUUCUUAAUGCCAAAGGAGUGUCAGUCUUUAAGACAAAAUAAAUGGACUGCUUUUAAAACCAACAUUAUAAAUGCUCUGGAUGAAGAAAUGUUCAAGCUCAUCUUGUUAAUUUCUUGUAUGUAAAAGACCAAAGCUGAAGUAAAAGGGGAGCUUCUCUUGGGAGUUUCUUGAAAAUCUCCCACAGGCCUCUAAACAUCCCCAGACUUCAUAUGGGAACCCCUGAUUCAACAUAUUUAUCAUUCUGUUUGUAACCUUCUCUCCGUUCUUUUUUUUUUUUUUUUUCAAAGUGAAAAAUCCUCCACUGGAGCCCUCAAGCUUUCUGUCUCUUCCUCCCAAGCAACCUUCAAAGAUUGGCUUUGAUGAGGUACGCACAGCAAAAUCGCACAAAUGCUUGAAAAUACACAAACACCAUAACCACAGCAUGUGUGUGAGGUUUUUGUGUUUGUGUGCACCCAGGUGUUUAUGAUCAAUCUGGUGCGGAGAUCUGACCGCCGCGAGCGAAUGCUAAGAGCUCUGUAUGAACAGGAGCUCAGUUGUAAGGUUUUUGCUGCUGUGGAUGGCAAGUACGUUUCUCAUCUUCUUCCUCCCCCACUGUCUGCGUCAUCCUGAUUUGUGUCUCUGCUUCAUGCUGUGUAGAUUGAUGAAGGGAGGCUGCGCUCAGACAAACAACCAGCUGAAGAGUGGCGGCUGCAUGCUGUCACUUAAGCAUUGUCUGAACACACAGAGCCAGCUUAUCUGAAAAGAAAAUGUAACUAAUCUAUGCGUGGAAUAGUCGGGAUAGGAUGGAGAUGAUGUUUUACAUAUUUCACUUUCUACAUUUUCUCAGUUUUAAAAAACGAUUUGAACACCUGCAUGACUCUUGUCAUAUUUGUGUCGCACUGUUUAAUACCCCUGUACUUCACAUUUUCACACACUCUCAUACUAUAUGGUUUCCUUGUCUAAUCCCUUUGUUAAUCUCUCCUCUUUUUUCAGAGCUCUGAACAAGACAGAUGUAGAGUCUAUGGGGAUUAAGAUGCUGCCAGGAUACAAAGACCCUUAUCAUGGUCGACCUCUCACAAAGGGUGAACUUGGAUGUUUCCUCUCGCAUUACAACAUUUGGAAGGAGGUAAGUUACUCGGUCAGACCUUGGGGUGUGCAUGUGUAAAAGGUUGAUAUUUAUUGGUACAGGAAAACAAGGUUGUGUCAAUUACCUUCACUGUUGUAAAGAAUUAAAGGGAUUAAAGGAAUAUUAUUAAAGGGAUAGUCAUAAGUUUAAGUCAUGGUCAAACACACCGCAACACUGAGUUAGACAACCCCUUGAGAGAUGAAUGUUGCCGACCGCUUGCUUCUCUAGUUAUACCAACUUUAGUAACAACCCCAGAUAGCAAUACACAGUGGUCUACGUCUCCACCCCCAAACCUAAACCAAAAAGUCACUCUAUAGUCACAAAUAAUACUCAGAACAGCACCUAACUUCAUCAACAGUACAUAUAGGGUCCCAGCCAUAGUACUAGCCACCAAACAUCUUUUUAGCUUUGCCUGAUUUCUUUAGCAAAGAGGCCAAACACAACUCACUUACUCUCCUCCAGCAGCCGCUUGUUUGUGGGGGAGCCCUGACCAGUCGAUCACUGAGUGCAGUGGAGUUUCGCAGCUCAAGGAAGAACAAUUAUCAUUGUAACUUCAUGGAAAUGCAAUCAGACCAAGACGCUAAGGCAGAAGAACUACCGGGUCUGCAGUGCAAAAUGAUUAUUAUAGUGAUUAUUAUUUCAAGGAAAUGAUCCGCUGCACACAGUGAUCGACUCGUCAGGGCCCUUCCCCACAAACAAGCUACCCCUUUAAGAAGUACAUUGUCACUGCAUAUCACUUUAUUGAUGGAUUUGUACAUGACUGUUUUUUGGCAGGGGGACUAUACAUGUGUUUUAAAUGGAGGCCCAACCUAUUCUUCUGUAACAGGGGUUACCCACUCCCAUCACACACUAAGAAAACUGGUUUAAAAUUCUGAUUUCUGACUUGUAAGAGCACACUGUCAAUUUACAACUCUAGUAUCUUUCCUGACAAAGGCUCCAAACAGAUCAAUUUGAAGAUUUAGGAGAGAUAUUGUCGCAUUUUAUAAUAAGUCAAAUGCUUUCCCUUGGUUUAGUGUAAAGGAUUUGUUAUAGCAGUUGCACUCAGUGAUCGACUCGUCAGGGCUCCGCCACAAAAAAGUGGCUGCUGGAGGAGAGUAGGUGAGUUGUGUUUAGUCUCUUUGCUAAAGAAAUCAGGCAAAGCUAAAAAGAUGUUUGGUGGCUAGUACUAUGGCUGGGACCCUACAUGUACUGUUGAUGAAGUGAGGUGCUGUUCUGAGCAUUAUUUGUGGCUAUAGAGUGGCUUUUUGGUUGAGGUUUGCUUUAGACGGUUGUGUAUUGCUAUUGCACUAAAGUUGGUAUAACUAGAAAAGCAAGCAGUCGGCAACAUUCAUCUCUCGAAGGGGUGUCUAACUCGAUGUUACUGUGUGUUUGACCAUAACUGAAAUUUUUGCCACAAUAUCCCUUUAAGGUGUGCCGCAUGAGUACAAAGUAAUGAGUGUAAGGAUUUAAAACAGAUACAUUUAAUCUUCUGUACUCUUUUUACUAAAGUAUGUUUAAUUCUUUUUAAAACAAAUGUGUAUGACCAUUACAUUCAAGAUGAAACAGUGACAGCUAUUCAUGUUUGCAUGUUGCAUUUGUGUAUGAUUGUGUUCAGAUAGUAGAUCGGGGUCUGCAGACCUCCCUGGUCAUCGAGGAUGACCUCCGCUUCGAGGUUUUCUUCAAACGGCGUCUCCAGGCUCUGCUGCUGGAGGUGACGACACAUAAGCUUGACUGGGAUCUCAUGUGAGUGACUCUCCAACAAACCAAAGAAAAACAUGAUGUUGUAAACAGAGAAGAGUAUCGUCCCUCUGCAGAGACAUCUGUCCAUCUGUCACACAUGAUAUGUCCGACAGCUCUGAUCAGAUGCAGUAAACACUUCUGGGAAUAAAUCAUCUUAACAUCACAGAACAAAGCCGCUCCAGCUUUGAUGAGAUUGAUCACUGUCAUAGAACAGCAAACUGGGACAAAUUAAUUAAGUUCUUCUCCUGCUCUGACAAUGUCAGUGACUGACAGCACUUUCAAAGCUUGUAUAGGCAUCAAACUGUCCCAGCUGAAUUUGCACAAAACGAGCAGCUGUGAGAGGAAAAAAUCCUUUUACUGUUUUUAAAAUAAAACAUACAUAAAAACAUGAGGAGAAUAUGACAGCUCCCAGACAGCCUCUCAAUGAGAAACAUGCCAUCACAGAGCUUGUGUAAAGCUCAGUGUAAGAAGUUGAUGGCUCGGAGUAAAUGUGUGGUGUGAAGACAUGAACGUGUCAUGUUUGAAAAUAUUUAUUUUUGCAUGGAGGAGCAUUUUGACCAAUUCAGAAACCAUGCCUCAGCGUUUUGUUUUAAACAGCAGUGAAGGGUUUUGAAUUUUGCUACAAAUCUGGUUUUCCUCUCAGUAGACUGGCUAUUGGGGUUUCUGCAUCAACACUGCUGGGAGCCUGUGGAUAUUGUAUUACUUAGAGACAUGCAUCAUCCACCAAGGGUGUAAGAUAACAUCAAUUGAUGAAGUAUUUGAUCAUAUUUUCUGAUCAUUUAUUACCUUUCAAAAAUGCUGAUUGUUUAAAUGCAGACUUUCUCUUACUGAUAAAUGAAAAUUGUUCUCUCAGUGCUGUUUUGACUGUAAAAAAAUAUAUGGUUCAUCAAGAUUAUUUCUCUAACUUUUCUCACUGUGAUCUUACACACACUUAAACAAACUAAAACGCUGUACAUAAAAGCAUAACAUACUGUUUAAUACUGUGAUUGAUACAAUUUUUUCAACAAAUUUAGCAUUUGUCCUGAAAGCCUCAAGUGGCAUCUAUCUAUCUAUCUAUCUAUCUAUCUAUCUAUCUAUCUAUCUAUCUAUCUAUCUAUCUAUCUAUCUAUCUAUCUAUCUAUCUCUCUCUAUAUAUAUAUAUAUAUAUAUAUAUAUAUAUAUAUAUAUAUAUAUAUAUAUAUAUAUAUAUAUAUAUAUACACUCACCGGCCACUUUAUUAGGUACACCUGUCCAACUGCUCAUUAACACUUAAUUUCUAAUCAGCCAAUCACAUGGCGGCAACUUAGUGCAUUUAGGCAUGUAGACAUGGUCAAGACAAUCUCCUGCAGUUCAACCAGAGCAUCAGUAUGGGGAAGAAAGGUGAUUUGAGUGACUUUGAACGUGGCAUGGUUGUUGGUGCCAGAAGGGCUGGUCUGAGUAUUUCAGAAACUGCUGAUCUACUGGGAUUUUCACACACAACCAUCUCUAGGGUUUACAGAGAAUGGUCCGAAAAAGAAAAAAUAUCCAGGGAGCGGCAGUUUUGUGGGCGGAAAUGCCUUGUUGAUGCCAGAGGUCAGAGGAGAUUGGCCAGACUGGUUCGAGCUGAUAGAAAGGCAACAGUGACUCAAAUAACCACCCGUUACAACCAAGGUAGGCAGAAGAGCAUCUCUGAACGCACACUACGUCGAACUUUGAGGCAGAUGGGCUACAGCAGCAGAAGACCACACCGGGUGCCACUCCUUUCAGCUAAGAACAGGAAACUGAGGCUACAAUUUGCACAAGCUCAUCGAAAUUGGACAAUAGAAGAUUGGAAAAACGUUGCCUGGUCUGAUGAGUCUUGAUUUCUGCUGUGACAUUCGGAUGGUAGGGUCAGAAUUUGGCGUCAACAACCUGAAAGCAUGGAUCCAUCCCGCCUUGUAUCAACGGUUCAGGCUGGUGGUGGUGGUGUCAUGGUGUGGGGAAUAUUUUCUUGGCACUCUUUGGGCCCCUUGGUACCAAUUGCGCAUCGUUGCAACGCCACAGCCUACCUGAGUAUUGUUGCUGACCAUGUCCAUCCCUUUAUGACCACAAUGUACCCAACUUCUGAUGGCUACUUUCAGCAGGAUAAUGCGCCAUGUCAUAAAGCUGGAAUCAUCUCAGACUGGUUUCUUGAACAUGACAAUGAGUUCACUGUACUCAAAUGGCCUCCACAGUCACCAGAUCUCAAUCCAAUAGAGCAUCUUUGGGAUGUGGUGGAACGGGAGAUUCGCAUCAUGGAUGUGCAGCCGACAAAUCUGCGGCAACUGUGUGAUGCCAUCAUGUCAAUAUGGACCAAGCUCUCUGAGGAAUGCUUCCAGCACCUUGUUGAAUCUAUGCCACCAAGAAUUGAGGCAGUUCUGAAGGCAAAAGGGGGUCCAACCCGUUACUAGCAUGGUGUACCUAAUAAAGUGGCCGGUGAGUGUAUAUAUAUAUAUAUAUAUAGAUAUAUAUAUAUAUAUAUAUAUAUAUAUAUAUAUAUAUAUAUAUAUAUAUAUAUAUAUAUAUAUGUGUAUAUAGUCCAAAUCUGACUGCUUAUCAACAGGGGUGCCUCAAGGCUCAUUCUUUGGUUCUCUUCUCUUCUCAGUAUUCAGCUCCUCAUUUGGUGCAGUCACCCUCUCCCAUGGUUUCUUAUGUCUUUGCUAUUCCGAGUUCCGCAGAAGCAGUAAUACAAAACACAUGUUUCUGUCAAACUACACACAGGAGGCGAUCCAACAUUUACAAGUUUAUUUUCAAUCUCUGCACACAAAAUAGUUGGGAGUACAAUAAAAAUACUGUUCCCGGGGACAAGCUCCCAAUAGAGCAUAUAUGAGCACAAACAUACACACACAAGAGUGAACAGAUGAUCAAAAAGGUUGCUCAGAUUCAGAAUGAUGGAAAAAAAAUCUGCCUGGCACAGUUUUGCUGAAUUUCUGCUGCAGUCUUGUGAGCUUUUAUAACAUUUGUCUUUGAGUUACCGACAGAAAGAUAAUUUCACAGUAACAUGUUGCUGAGUUAGUGUUUUGCUGGAAAAAUAUCUGCUUUUUUUGUGAUUAGUUCUUUCUGUCUGUGUUCAAGGUUUAUAAAAUAACGACAAAAAUAAGGACAGUAGACCAGAUCACAAGAGGUCACAAGAGGUCAAUAAGUCAGUUAGCUGUGUGAUGAUUGGCAGCUUGGAUCUGUAGAUUGCAUUAUCCUUCUUGUUAACAACGAAACAUACAAACAAGUUGAUGUCAAGUAUGGAUUUAGAAAUGAUUUAAUCAUCAAGUUUUAUAAAGUAGCCAGCUUGACUCUAAUAAAUCACAUUAAAUUCAACAUUUUCAUUCACGGUGAAGUCAAGUCUUGAGUGUUAUUCAGCUGGCAGUCAUAGUGGAUCCAGAAAAUAAUAGCAGCAUCAUUGUGAGGUCUCCUCUUUGGAACUUGUGUCUCCAUUUUCUUCCCACUCAGUCAGUCCUGUAACAUUGCCAAUAUGUCCAACUCCUGUACGCAGAUUGGUUUGUUGUGUUGUAUGUGUGAUCAUGUUGUUCCCUGUGUCUCUCUUCCUAUUCAAAAUGAAUAACUACUGUUAUGAGGUUUGGACCAUAUGUUUAGAGUAUGUAAGACAGCCUGGAGAUAUGCAAGAAAGCUUAGUCAUAAAGCUAAGAUAACAGCUUCUACCAUUUUUAGAGUUCAUCAAAGUUGAACCCAACAUUAAUGCAGUUGAUGCACAAAUCAACUUUUUCUAACCAACUGACUCCAUCAUAUCAGUUCAGUCUAAGAUGAUGCUGUCAUAUAGAUGCAGGUGUAAGUAGAGUUUGUGUGAUGAUUGUCUGCCUUGUCUAAAUACAGUUACAUCGGGCGGAAGCGAAUGCAGGUGGACCACCCAGAGACCUCCGUGCCAAAGAUCCACAAUCUGGUGGAGGCAGAUUACUCUUACUGGACCCUCGGCUACAUGUUGUCAUUACAAGGAGCCAAGAAACUGCUCAGGGCCGAACCCUUGACAAAAAUGCUUCCCGUUGAUGAGUUCCUCCCUGUCAUGUACGACAAACAUCCAAUGUGAGCAUAUCUUUUCUUUGUUUCUCCAUCUUUGUUUCAGUCCUGUCCUGCAGCGCUCAUGUUAGUCUAAUCCCCACUCCUCUCCCUCAUCAGAUCAGAGUACAAGGACCACUUUGAGAAGCGGGACCUGCAUGCCUUUUCUGCUGAGCCGCUUCUGGUGUAUCCGACUCAUUACACGGGAGACCAGGGCUACAUCAGUGACACAGAAACAUCUGUGGUCUGGGACAACGAGACUGUCAAGACUGACUGGGACCGAGCCAAGUCGAGGAAAACCCAAGAGCAGGGGGAGCUGAGCUUUGAGGCCCAGAACUCUGACGUACUUCAGUCUGAGCUUGAGAACUGGAGCGCACGAGACGAGCUGUAAGGAGAAGGAGGAGAGUACACAGGGAGGAGAGACAGAGAUAACUCUGACACAGAGAUAAGGAGGAGGAGGAGGACAAUAGAACAAAGCUGUGAUAGUGUAAGGAAUGAAAAAGUGGAGGGAAUACAGCAGGAUGCAGGAGAACAGGGAGGUAAGGCAGUCAGUAGAUAUACACAGUUAGGAAGAGAUGAGCUGCAUGUCUUUCUCUCUCCGCUGUCAAAUCUUCCUCUGCAGCGAGGAAGUCACAUGCAGAGUUAACUCUUGAAGAGUCAGCUAGCAGCUUUUGUUUUAUUUAUUGCAUACAAAGCAUCCUUUGACCACAGCCUGGUGUGAUGAUAAUUUUCCUUUUUUGAAUAACAUUUUGACAUUUAAAACUACGACUUUAAAAAGUAUUUCAAAGUGACUCCAAAGACUCACGGUUACAUUUCAGGAAUAUGAAAAAAACUCUACAUCACCAGAACUUUACCUGAAGACACAUCAAGCUGCCGUUGGUGAUAGAUUUUAAAUAUGACUCCUCUUAGAUGCUGUUUUUCUUUUACACAAAGAGGUUCCCAGUCUGAAUUUACAACCCCAAUCAUCAGCUGCUGCUGGGAAAGUUCCACUGCAGAGAUUAUUUUUAGACAAAUGUGAAUCAUUUCAAGAGUCAAGAAGAGAAACAAACUAGUAAUUUUCAGAGAACAAAGGCAUGAAAAAAAGUCACGUUUCAUGUGCUGUUUGUGUCUUCUUCCUUUUAUAAUUUACACCCGAUGGAGGAUUUAAUUUCUUGGUUGGGAACAACAUUUCUUCUUUUAUUCUUCUCCUCCAGUGAACUCACCAUCUUGUCAUUCAGCUACGCUGUGAGCAGCCAGUGUGUUGUUUAAGGACAUACAGAAGCUUGUCACUCAAUAACCUUGUAUAUUUUUUAAAUCAUGAAUGUAUCCGUGUUUCUUUGAUUUGCCGUCAAAUCUUGUUUAUUGUUGUUUGUUUAGCAUUUCAGUUUUCUCCCCUUUUUACAAAUUGCAGUCUCAGCCCAAACAUGCAGCUUUUGUUUCAUUUUGUUUGACAAUCAGAAAAUCAAAUGAACAUUGAUUGUUUUUCUGUAACAUUUCAUGUUCUGUUCCUCUGAGUUUUCAGUUUUUUUUUUUCUAACCAAAGAUUAAAUAAAAACUUUUAUAAUGAAAGGCU